AAAGUGAGGCUUCAUUCUGCAGGAAUGACCAAAGUGUCUCCUUGCAGACACAGAAUUAAGACGCUCCUCUGACCUUCCUGCAGUGCAGGUCUGUCUCCUUUUGGAAAUAUCUGGUAAAAAAUGGAACACAAAUGGAGUGACAGUGAUGAGUACCACUACUGUGUCCAGGGCCAGACCUUCGACAUACCUGCUGGACGGUGACAUCUGCUCUGAGGAGGAGAGCAGUCACACGGUGCUGGCAGCCUGACCUGCGUCCUUGUUGGGAGAUUCCUUAGCAUUCCUGGCAGCACUGCGGCUGUGACUGGGAGCUCUGUUUCAGCGCCCCUGCUACUGCCACCUAGCCCAUGGGAGCGUCGCUGCACGGCUCACCAAAUUCCACAGGUUCACUGUGAGAUGACAGAUCCUCAGGAGAUCAAGGUCGAGCAGCAGAGGUGAAUCCUGCAGCCUGCAUGUCUCAACAAUCACCUGUCUGUCUGCCAAGAGACAGAGACACGGACAGGGACAGGGACAGAGACAGAGACAGAGACAGAGACAGAGACAGAGACAGAGGAACAACCUGUUUGAGAUGAUGAAGAAAAACUGGGAACAAGUGAUCCUGGAGGACUCGUCUGAUGGAGAGUGAAGUUUGACUGGGAUGUUUACCCGGAUCAUCCGCCUCUAACCAGGAGUGUUCUUCAUCACCAUGGUGAUACAACGUGAGACCUCCCUCCUGACUCACCUGCUCCUGCUCCUCCAGCUUCUCCUGCCCCUCAGCCUUUCUCUCCUGCAGCCUCCUCAUCCUUCACCGCUCCAUGUCCCCACACUGGUCCCUCACACCCCGAGGCCUCUGGGCCGCUCUAGCUUCAGUGCUAACGCUCAGCUGGACUUCAUCACUCACUGCAACUCCAGCUGCUUCCACAGGGCGGAGGAGGACGAGCAGCUGACGGAGAAGUUGGCGUUUGAGACCUUGUACGCAGACGGCUCCCGCACCCUGACUACUGUGGACGUGGAGGACGAGGAGGACUUGAAGGCUGAUGCUCUUGUCUUUGCAUACUCAUCAGUUGGUAGAAAACCCAGACUGCGGCCCAGACACAAGCGCGUGAGGCGUCAGAUCUAUGGGUCAGACGGUCGCUUUAACAUUCAGGGCAACAACUUCCUGAUGGAUUACCCCUUCUCUGCAGCAGUACGGAUCUCCACAGGCUGCACUGGUGUUCUCGUGUCUCCGCUGCACAUACUCACUGCUGCCCACUGCGUCCAUGAUGGAAAGGACUAUGUGAAAGGAGCGAGAAAACUGAGGGUGGGCUUUCUGAUCCCACCGUCGUUCAACAGCACAAAGGGCGACCUGACUUCUGCUAAGAAGUCUCUGGUGCGCUGGGUCAGGGUGAAACGCACUCGUGUUCCCAAAGGCUGGAUCCAGGGUCCUCAGGAGGUCAGUAUGGACUUUGACUACGCCCUGCUGGAGCUACGCUGGCCUCACCGAAGGCCCUUCAUGCGCCUCUCAGUGGCGCCCUCAUCUGACGGCCUGGCAGGGAACCGUAUCCACUUCUCUGGUUUUGACAGUGACAGACCUGGAGAGCUGGUGUACAGGUUUUGUCCUGUGGAAGAAGAGUCCAGUGAUCUGAUUUACCAGCACUGCGAUGCCAGGCCAGGAGCCAGCGGCUCUGGAGUGUAUGGAAGAGUUUGGGACAACACUCUGGAGCGUUGGGAACGCAAAGUCAUCGGCAUAUUCUCUGGACACCAGUGGCUGGAGAUAGAUGGAGAGAAUCGGGAUUACAACGUGGCUGUGCGCAUCACACCUCUGAAGUUUGCCCAGAUCUGUUACUGGGUGCACGGAAACCGACUGGACUGUGUCCAGGACUGAGGACCAACCUGCGAAGAACAGAAAUUUGUCAAAGCUGAGCAUGAAACUACUAGAAAACACAUAGUGACUUUCUUCAAAAUUAGUUCUUUCACCUUAAGUGUUCAAGAAUCUGGAUGUAAUCCAUGCAAACAUGUCAGCCCUCAGUAAAGAGACACGCUGAUAGUCGAUAUUAAGAAUGAACACAACCAGGACAUAACCUAUCUCUAUAAACUCUGACACCAAGAUAUCUCAUUUAAGAUACUGUCCACCUUUAACGGGAGCCACAGUAUAAUCCGUAUAUUUCAAAUGAAAAUAAUGCAAAGUGGUUGUACAAGUAUAAAAAACCCAAAUGAAACAGUCUGUAAAACAGCUUUUGUGAAUUUGUUUACAGCCCAAAGCACUUGACUUGUCAACCAUUGCCUAGUCUUUUCUAUAUAAAGUCUUCAAAUCAGUAGAAUUUUGAGGGCAGGAGUCACUCUUUUGUUGUAUUCCUGUAGUAUAAAAAAAACCCCCAAAACAUAUCCUCAGCUUCCUGGCAGACACUGCUAACCCUUUACACUACAAAACAUACAUAAACAUACAUGUUUAAGUUUGAAGUUUUUGCAGGGUUUAGCCAUAUCAAAAGUAUCCUUCCUUAUUUUACAUUUUAUAAAAUACAUUAGCUUCUUUCUAAUUAAAUGUCAUCUGUCAUUGUUUAUUUAUUUUUAAUGGCAUAUUUUAAAAUAACAUCCCCAAAUUCUCCUGUCCCCUAAAUUCCAUCUUUUGCCAUUUUUAUUCCACGUGCUUUGGACAGUAUUUAAGCAACUUCGAAAAUGUUGUCUGUGACAUCACCUCACUUGUCAAUCUUUGAAAACGCGUUUUAGUUUUUCCUCAGCUCGACACAAACCUCUAUAGAUAAAAGUUUUCAUUUAUUUUUGCAGUGCAGGUUAGAAUGGGCUUGUUUUUGUGCAGCUACUGGUUGUGAGGACAUGUCUUUUGCCGCCCUUGCUGGACAUUUGAAGUGACUGCUCUGACACAGUAAUACAGCUUCAGCUAUGGUCUGCUGAUACAGUACGGUAGAUUUGCCGUUAUCAGAAACAGUGACAGCAGUUGAUUAUUAAAAACCACUGACGCCUAAAAUCUCAGCAAUAUGCAGCGUUAACUGGAGAGAGAGUUUUAAUUUUAUUUUUAAUAAAAUGCCAGACAUAUUUUAAUAAAGAGAGAUUUAUAGGUG